AUGGGCGAAGCGAGCGAUUUACCAUCUUACAAUAGGAAUCUUCUUGAUCCACCUGGACUGGAUGAGGAUGUCCUACCACCGCCAUAUACCGAACGAGACCCCAGGGCUGCGGAGUCCCAGUCGCGGGCACCGUAUAGGCAGCCAACCAAGCCCGCAACAACCAAGUUCCCGCCUACAAUGAACGCAUACUUCUCGUGGAAAAUGACCAGCACCUUCCACCUCGGAUCAAGCGUGAAGAAACAGCUGUUCGCGGCGUCAACACACGCGCCUGUGGUGACUAAUAGACCCUCGGUCAUCCUGCGUGACGGUCCAACCGAUAAGCACCCAAUCAUGGCAACGGUCCAUGCCGACAAGUGGGGGAGAAUCAAACCCAUGAGAAUCACCAUCCCUCAUCGGCCUGGGUCGACUAGAACACUGGAGACACAGGCCGUCCCUGCUGGGACAUUCUAUAGUACCACACCGGCCUACACAUUUGAGGUACCCGUGGGUCGGCAGACCACCACUCGCGAACGAUUUGAAUGGCGCCCGAGCCAUGGCAAGGAGAUCAAAGAGCUCAGUAAGGGUCUUUCCUCUGGAUGGAAUUUGGUGUGGUUGGACGGACCGGUGGCCACCGCAGUCGGGAACAGAACGGGACGCGACCGGGGGUAUACAAGCGAUGGGCGGGAGAUUGUUGCUUUCAUUGCAUAUAAUGGUUCUUCGGAUUGGGAUAAAACGGUUCGGUUUGCUUUCAUGGGCACUGGGCUAGAGGGUACUAUGGGCGAGAAGUGGGAGAUUGUCGUGGUCGUUACGGCUAUCCAAAUGUGGUUCAUGGAUCAGACCUCGUAG